AUGCACAGCAAUGGCAUUGGGGAGUUGAAGAAUGUCAAUCUCAAUCCCAUUGAGAAUGUCUGGGCAGCCAUGGUCAGAGACAUCCCCCAAGAUCAUACACGCAAUCAUUAUAUCAUCGCUGCCUUAGCAUUACUAGCAGGGGCGUUAGUAGCAUCCAUACCGGCAUUCGCCAUGACGUUGCGAUACAUUAAGAUUCAGAGGUACUGUGAGGAUGCCUAUGCUUUGCCCGGGUCCUACUCUACAAUACAGACAUGGUCCACACCCCCCUCACCCUCUCAACGCCCCCAUGCACCGCACCCACCAACCUCACAGCACCACCAACAGCAACAGCAGCAGCAACAACAGCAGCCUCCACAGCAGCAGUCACAGCCUCCACCACAGCAUCCUCCAGGUCCUCACCAUCAGCCACAGCAACAGCCACCACAGUCUGGUCCAUUGCAGUCGAACCAGCAGUCUGGACCAGCAUCUCAGUGGGUGGGAUCCGGGCCGCACCAAAAACCUCAACAUCCUCAACAACAGUCACAGCAGCAGUCCACUGGUCCAAGUCAACAGCAAGCACCACAGCCAAGUGGAGGGGGUGGGACAGCUGGGUCUCAGUAUGCAAGUGUUCGUUAUCCUGGUCCUCACCCGGGCCAACCCCCGGCUGUAUCGCAGCCCCCAGCUCCUUAUCAACCGCCCCCGCCAUCAUACCAUCACCAGGGAUAUGGUGGCGGCCAUGUUGCUGCGACCUCUCCAACCACAACAUCCACAUCAAGCACUUCAGGUGCUCCCCAUAUGGGCGGUCAUGGGAGUGGUGGCGGGAGUAGUGGUGGAGGUGGCGGCAGUGGAGAGAGAGGAGGAGGAGGAGGAGGAGGAGGUGGUGGUGGAGGAGGAGGUAGCGGAGGAAGUGGAGGUGCAGGCUACUCAGCGUCGUCUCCAUCAGCUCACUCUCACUCCAGCUACGGCGAACAACUGUCGCGUACCAACCUUUACAUCCGGGGCCUCAGUCCUGACACAACUGACCGCAACCUUGUUGAGAUGUGCCAAAAGAGGGACGCAAAGCAAGCUGAAACCACAAAUAGAGGUUACAAUGGGGUAAGGGAAAGUAAUAGAUCCAGAGAGCUGGGCAUCUACCGGAUGAUGGUAUACAGAUAGAUAAGGUAGAUGAGGAGGGCACCCAUAACGACUGACCUCUCCCACCACUGCUGCUAAAAUUUAUAAAGACCAGCUCCUGGUAACUGGCUGCACGGUGAAGAAAACGACUACAUGCAGAAGGGAUACAUCACAGAACGUCAUCAAAGAAAGGUUGAACGAACAACAUUGCAAACAUCGCCUCCGGUUCGCCCAGCAGUAUGUGGAGGAAGAUCUAGAUUACCAGCAAGGAGUAAUAAGGACCGAGAAAAAUAUGCUGGAAAUACACGGGGGAGUUCCGUGCUGGAUGAGAUAA